CUCCCUCCCCCGCCGGAGGUGCAAACGACCGUACUGGAGCAGCUCAGGGAGCCGCCGCGAUUGACUGCCCCAGAAAAGCGCCGCGUUGUCCGGACUGAGAAUCAGCCGCCAGUCGGUCAUCCCUUUAUCCCUGCAUUUAAGCGGAUCAGAUAUAGAGGAGCCCGCGUCACAAUACACGAGCUCUCCCUGCUGAUUACUUCACAAAAAGAGGACGGUUCCCCCUCGGUCGCUUUUGGGAAUUUCUCCCUGGAUAUUUUACCCCCAGAAAUGGACGGUUUCGCCGGUAGUUUAGAUGACAGUAUAUCAGCAGCGAGCGCCUCAGACGUGCAGGACCGGCUGUCGUCUUUGGAGCUGCGGGUUCAGCAGCAGGAGGAUGAGCUGACCGUCAUGAAGGCUGCGCUGGCCGAUGUGCUGCGACGUCUGGCUCAGUCGGAGGACUCUGCUGCUGCCGCUGCCAAAAAACAGCAGAGCACUAAAGGUCAGGCCCCGAUGCGUGAGGCUUAUUCGAUGUCCUGUAUCGCCAAUGGCAGUUCCAGCGGCCGCAAAUCUCACAGAGACACCGCCACAGUGUCUGUAGCCAGAAAAGAGACUCUCUCCUCUGCUGCUAAGAGUGGAACCGAGCGGAAAAAAGACAAGCCUUCAAUGGAAGAGAUCAAGGAGAAAGAGGAGCCUCCGCAGGCUAAUGAUAAGCCUCCAUCAGCGGCCCCGUCCCCAUCCAGCAACCCCCCGUCCCCUCACCCUCAGCCCCCGCAGCCCCAGAGACAGGCCUCGGUCCCGGCCAAAAGAGGAAGCAGUGCGAAGCGCGGUAUGGAGCGUUCUCAGAGCAGCACGUGGGACAGCGCGGACGACAGCAGGAAUAAGCUGGUGAAAGCAGCCUCCACAUCCAAACUCAUGUCCAAAGUGGUGAAGAAUGCAGAAAAACACAGAGAUCCAGUCAUCAGCCAAGCUAAAAUGUCGACCCGUGAAAAGAAUAGUCAAGAGGGAGAGUUCAUCAAGAUGUUCAUGCGAGGUCGACCCAUCACCAUGUUCAUCCCGUCAGACGUGGAGAAUUAUGACGAUGUUCGCACCGAACUCCCCCCAGAGAGACUCAAGCUGGAGUGGGUAUACGGCUACAGGGGACGUGACUGCCGUGCAAACGUGUACUUGCUGCCGACCGGAGAGAUCGUGUACUUCAUUGCCUCAGUAGUUGUGCUCUUCAACUAUGAGGAGCGGACCCAACGCCACUACGUGGGGCACACCGACUGCAUCAAAUGUCUCGCUGUUCACCCGGAUAAGAUCCGCAUCGCCACAGGACAGAUUGCAGGAGUGGAUAAAGACGGCAGGCCGCUGCAGCCACAUGUGAGGAUCUGGGACUCUGUCAGUCUGUCCACAUUGCAGAUCAUCGGACUCGGCACCUUCGAGAGAGGAGUCGGAUCCCUCGCUUUCUCCAAAGCCGACUCAGGUACUCAUCUCAGUGUGAUAGACGACUCGAAUGAACACAUGCUCACUGUAUGGGACUGGCAGAGGAAAUCAAAAAUCGCUGAGAUUAAGACCACCAAUGAAGUGGUCCUGGCAGUGGAGUUUCACCCGACUGACGCCAACACCAUUGUCACUUGUGGGAAAUCUCAUAUCUUCUUCUGGACCUGGAGCGGCUCUUCGCUCGCCCGCAAGCAAGGCAUCUUUGGUAAAUAUGAGAAGCCCAAGUUUGUGCAAUGUUUGGCUUUCCUCAAUAAUGGAGACAUCCUGACCGGGGAUUCAGGAGGAAUCAUGCUGAUAUGGACCCGCAGCACCGCUGAACCAGCUCCAGGAAAAGGCCCCAAAGGAGCGUUUCAGAUCGCGCGGCAGAUCAAGGCUCACGAUGGCAGCGUCUUCACUCUGUGUCAGAUGAGGAACGGCACUCUGCUCACCGGCGGCGGGAAAGACCACAAGAUCAUCCUGUGGGACCAUGACCUGCACCCCGAGAGAGACAUCGAGGUCCCAGAUCAGUAUGGCACCAUUCGUGCGGUGGCCGAGGGCAAAGGCGAUCAGUUUCUGGUGGGAACGUCACGCAACUUCAUCCUGAGAGGAACCUUCAAUGACGGAUUCCAGGUGGAAGUGCAGGGACACACUGAUGAGCUGUGGGGUUUGGCCACACACCCCUUCAAGGACCUGUUCCUCACCUGUGCUCAGGACAGACAGGUGUGUUUGUGGAGCUCGGCGGAUCAUGCGCUCGAGUGGACCAGACUGCUGGACGAGCACGGCCACUGUGCAGAUUUCCACCCCAGCGGCUCGGUUGUGGCCAUAGGCACUCACUCAGGGAAGUGGUAUGUUCUGGACGCAGAGACGAGGGAUCUGAUUGCCAUCCACACAGACGGCAAUGAGCAGCUCUCAGUGAUGCGCUACUCUGUCGAUGGGACGCUGCUGGCAGUGGGAUCACAUGAUAACUUCAUUUACCUCUACACGGUGUCGGACAAGGGACGCAAGUACAGCAGAUAUGGGAAAUGCACUGGACAUUCCAGCUACAUUACACAUCUUGACUGGUCCCCCGACAACAAGUUCAUCAUGUCCAACUCAGGAGACUACGAAAUCCUUUACUGGGACAUUCCAAACGGCUGUAAGCUGAUCCGCAACCGCUCCGAGUGCAAAGACAUCGACUGGGCCACGUACACCUGCGUGCUCGGCUUCCACGUCUUCGGUGUUUGGCCCGAGGGCUCAGAUGGCACAGAUAUCAAUGCGCUGAUAAGAUCCCACAACAGGAAGGUGAUCGCUCUGGCUGAUGACUUCUGUAAAGUACACCUCUUCCAGUAUCCCUGCUCUAGGCCCAAGGCCCCAAGCCACAAGUACAGCGCCCACAGCAGUCACGUGACCAACGUGAGCUUCAUGCACAACGAUAGUCACUUGGUUUCCACGGGUGGCAAGGACAUGAGCAUCAUACAGUGGCGUCUAGUGGAAAAGACCUCUUCAUUGGUGCACAGCGACUCCAGCCUGAGCUUCGGCGACUCCUUUCUGAACAACUCCACCCCUCGCGGGCUGCCAUCGGUACCCAGCAUCCCCAACACUCCUACUGAGCCUGUGCCGAUGGCGGUGCCAGUCUCACUAGCCAUCAGCACCCAGCCCGACACCAACACUCCUCCUCCAACACCCCCUGAACCCCUGCAUAAGGCCACUCCUAAUGGACAGCAGGACGGCUCGCCGGAAACCCCGCCCCCUUCUGAUGAUGCCACGCCCCCUUCCGACAGCACUCUGAGCCCAAAGGACAGCCUAGAGCCUAGUGAUGAUACAGCCACACCCAGUGACGAGGGCACACCAUUUAACCCGCCCUUAUAAGGCAUCCAGCCCCGCCCCUUUCUCUCUUGCUCAAUAGCGCGCCCAGAGGCACCAGCAUGACACUGCAGCCUUCCUGUGGGAUUACAGCAGCAGAGUCUCCUCAGUUUUUUUUAUCCUUUCGAGAUUUUCUUUUCGUUUGUGUCUUAGUUUUGUUAAUGUUUUGUUCUGUGGUCGUGGAGGCAUUGGUUUGGCUUGGAUGGUGAGAGAUUUGGAAUUUGUAGUCAAAACCAGUUUAUUUACAUUGACACACACACAAACACUAAUACAGACAUUCAUACACAAUUCGGUGACUGUGAUACCUUAUGAUAAAGUUAAACCAGAGUAAUAAGUCUGAGAUACAAACAUGUUCACGUUCACACAUGCACAGGCCAACACACAAAUAAAACAAAAUCAACACAAGCUUUUUUUCUGUUCUUAACAGGUGAAAUUAAUUAAUUACCUAAUCUGUACUUCACUUAUGGGGUAAUCAGUCAUCCUUUGGUCUUUAUUGGCUCGUCCUCAUAUUAUUCCAGACCUGUUUGACUGUCUUCUGGGCAUGAUAGAAAAGAUCUUUGAGGAUCUUUUGAAAUGUCUGAGAAACCUUUGAUCUUUUGAGGAUGUCUUGAGGAUCUUUCAAAGCUGUUUCAAAGAUCUUUUGAGGAUAUCGUAAGGAUCUUUCUAAAAUAGUACAGGGAUCUUUUGAGCCUCUUUUGAGAAUUUUUUUAAGAUGUUUCGAGGCUCUUUUGAGGAUCUCUUUAAGAUCUUUCGAGGCUCUUUUGAGGAUCUCUCAAAGAUAUUUCGAGGCUCUUUUGAGGAUCUCUCAAAGAUAUUUUGAGGCUCUUUUGAGGAUCUCUCAAAGAUAUUUCGAGGCUCUUUUGAGGAUCUCUCAAGGAUCUUUUGAGGAUCUCUCAAGGAUCUUUUGAGGAUCUCUCAAAGAUGUUUCGAGGCUCUUUUGAGAAUCUCUUUAAGAUCUUUCGAGGCUCUUUUGAGAAUCUCUCAAGGAUUUUUUGAGGCUCCUUUGAGGAUCUCUCAAAGAUGUUUCGAGGCUCUUUUGAGGAUCUCUCAAAGAUGUUUCGAGGCUCUUUUGAGGAUCUCUCAAAGAUGUUUCGAGGCUCUUUUGAGGAUCUCUCAAAGAUGUUUCGAGGCUAUUUUGAGGAUCUCUCAAAGAUCUUUUGAGGCUCUUUUGAGGAUCUCUCAAAGAUGUUUAGAGGCUCUUUUGAGGAUCUCUCAAAGAUCUUUUGAGGCUCUUUUGAGAAUAUCUCAAAAAUGUUUCAAGGUUUUUUGAGAAUCUCUCACGGAUCUUUCGAGGCUCUUUUUGGAUCUUUCAAAGCUGUAUCAAUGCUCUUUUGAGAAUCUCUCAAAGAUGUUUCGAGGCUCUUUUGAUAAUCUCUCAAAGAUGUUUCGAGGCUCUUUUGAUAAUAUUUCAAAGAUGUUUCGAGGCUCUUUUGAGAAUCUCUCAAAGAUGUUUCGAGGCUCUUUUGAUAAUAUUUCAAAGAUGUUUCGAGGCUCUUUUGAGAAUCUCUCAAAGAUGUUUCGAGGCUCUUUUGAGAAUCUCUCAAAGAUGUUUCGAGGCUCUUUUGAGAAACUUUCAAAGAUGUUUCGAGGCUUUUUGAGGAUCUCUUAAGGAUCCUUUGAGGAUUUAUUAAAAAAAAAAUUUAAUGUGUCUUGAUGUUCUUUCAAAGAUGUUUCGAGGCUCUUUUGAGGAUCCUUUAAAGAUGUUUCAAUGCUCUUUUGAGGAUAUCUCUAGGAUCUUUUCAAUACAUUUCAACGAUCAUUUGAGGCUUUAUUUAAAUAUUUGAGGAUGUCUUUAGGUUCUUCAAAAGAUGUUUUGAGGAUCUUUCGAGUACCUUUUGAAGAUUUUUCAAAAAUGUUUCAAGGAUCUUUCAAGCAUUUUUCACAGACCUUUUGACAGUUUUGCUCCAAUUUCACUCAUGUUCUUUAAAAUAUCUUCUUCUGUUUUGCAGAAGGCAACUUAAACAGGUUUGGAAUGACAUGACGUUGAGUAAAUGUUCGUUUUUAGGUGGACUAAGCUUUAAAUCACAUUUAAAUGUUCAUUUGUGUUCUCUCUCACUUUCUGUGAACAUUGGUGGAGGAACUGCGUGUGAAGCUGAUUUGCCUGCUUGCAUAGCAUCUGUCCCUGAGCCAAAAACUAUAGGACGUGCAUAUCUGGUGACUCCAGGCAGGUGUUCCUGGUUCAUCCGUUGGACUCAAGGACCUCAAUAUUCCAGGCUGCUUCUGCUGGUCACCAUGAUCACAGAUACCUUGAAUUUUAACCAUCAUUUUUGCCUUGAAUUAACUGAACAAUAGCCAUGUACAGCUGUGCACGACAUUCAGUAUAUCCACAGCUAACACAUUCUCACACAAGCUUGACCUGCAACAAGAACAGGUCUGCAUGGUGAUAAACAGCCGAUAUAUAAUGGUUCCAGUCUCAUCCAGCUGUCCAAAGAUACCGCGCCACUUUCACAUCUCCUUUUUUUUUUUACACUGGAGAUCUUCAUAGCAUCCGUUUUAAACUCUCAUCCAAAUGACUCUCUUCUCAUUGAGACCGAAUUGUUUUUAGGUUUAAUUUUGGGACUGUCUUGUCAUUUUGUUCAUUGGACUGAGAUGUUCUUGUUUUUUAUCAUGCGAGAAAGGAAAGAUUAAACAAGUCUUAAAUGUGA